CACGGUGUGGCUAUUUACAUCUACAGGGAGAAAUGGUGGUGGACGUUUCAUAAGAAUAUCCAUUUCAUUUGUGGCAGACGACCUAACUACGCUAGAAGAUAUCACUACUACUUUAUUUCAUCACUCUUCUGGAUGUCAACGCUGGUCUGGUGAACUGCUGUCUUAAUCCAUGUUUGGUGACCAGCGGCUUGCAGUAGAAGCAUGUGGAAGACGGCUGCGGUUGUAGCAGUGGUCGCACUCACCUGUGGCUAUCUCUUCCAAAGCCAAUCAGACCUGCCAAGCCAUGUGUUGGGCUACUUUUCCUCCUCCUCCUCCUCCGGUUCCCUGAAGUCAGAACAGACUAGCCUCACUCCGGCUGCCUUGGAGCAGGCCAUUGCGUCUGCCUGGGAAAUUAUCAUCACUGCUCCUGCGCAUCAGUGGAAAAAAAUUGCCGUUGGAGUGAAUGCUUGUGUGGACGUUGUGGUGUCAGGGGUGCGUUUACUUGAAGAUUUGGCCAUCGAGCCCGGGACAGGAGUCGACCAUGAGGUUCUGGAGUCCAGAGAGGGCCUCAUGGAAGCCUUCCUUCAUUUCAUGGAGAGGGGCGCAGCAGCAGAGCGCUUCUUCACCGAUCGGGAAGCCUUCCUUACUAUUGCACAGGCUGCUGCCAAGGAUCCGGAUGCUCAGCUCUAUGUGGGAGGGAAUGCUGCUCUGAUGGGACAGAAGUUCGCCUCCUACCCUCAGGUUACGGUUCUUCUCUGUGGACCUGUGGGGCCUACACUUCAUCAGCUGCUGGUUGAUGAAAUAGUAGUUCCCCCAGAGUCCCUUCAGGAGACGGAUGAGUUUCAUCUGAUUCUGGAGUACCAGAUAGGAGAACAGUUGGGUGCAACAAAAGCACCUCAAGCUAACCGCUUCAUCUUCUCUCACGACAUGUCCAAUGGGAAGAUGAGCGCCCUGGAGACGCUCGCCGCAAGUGUGGAGGAGUUUCAACCUGACUUGGUCGUUCUCUCUGGGCUGCAUAUGAUGGAGGGCUUGGGGAAAGAACUGUGGCAGGAACGGCUCAAAGAGGCUGUGGUGACUCUAUCUGAUGUCCGAAACCACGUCCCUAUUCAUCUGGAGCUGGCCAGCAUGACUGACCCGGACUACAUGGCCACCAUCAUGCAAGAGCAGGUGAUACCCAUCGUGAACUCUAUUGGGCUGAAUGAGCAGGAGCUUCUCUUCUUCUCCCAGGCCGGAAGAGGCCCACACUCGGAGCUGAGUUCCUGGAACGGCUCGCCAGACGUUGGCCGCGUCAGUGACAUUCUCCUGUGGAUCUUGGAGCAGCACGGCCGCAGCGAUCCGAAUUCAGAGGCCGACCUGACCCGUAUCCACUUCCACACUCUCUCCUAUCACAUAUUGGCCACGGUGGACGGUUACUGGGGCAACCAGGUAGCGGCCGUGGCGGCAGGUGCGCGUGUAGCCAGCUGCCAAGCAUGUGGCGUGCAGGCUGUUGAUGUGGACAAGGUGGUCCUUAAAAGCCCCGUUGAGUUUUACAGCUCGUACAGCGAGCCGAGGGAACAACUGAAACUUAAUCCCGACGAGCCGGUCACAUUCUGGUCUCGUGAUAAUGUGACUUUCUACAUGACUCCUGUUUUGGUGUGCAGACAACCUCUGAGGACUGUUGGUUUGGGAGAUGCCAUCUCUGCCGAAGGACUGUUAUAUUCAGAGUUGAUAUCUGAUGAGUUCCAAAAACCUUUAUAAAAAAGAUAAUCUUAACCCCAAUCUAUUGUGAUUUUAUGAUGUUAACUCUUCCUCCAUCAUUGCUUUUUACUUUGAUGCAGCUCCAGAGAACAGUGACCAUUGUCUUUUUUGGUUAGGAGAUUAUGUGGAAUAUCCUCCUCACACUCCCAUUGUGAUGUUUCAAGCAAUUCUUAAAUAAUAUACAUUUUAUGUUACUUGUUUAAACAUUACAUUGUGUGCUUUAAAUUGUUGACGAAUGCAAUACAUAACUGUAAAAAAAAAAACUUAUCACAGGUGCAGUCUUAACUAGUGACCAACCACUGGAAACACAUCGGGAAUGUCCCUUAGUAAUUAUUAAUAGUUGUGUUCCCAUGAUGCACUAUGUCUUGCCUACUGCUAACACUCCAAAAUGUCAUAAGUCAUCUAAGGUAUCUGUAGUCUCAUACUAGCAUCCUUCUUGCAGUUUGGGACAGAUUUACAUGGGUUCCAAAUAAAGAGUACUGAACUAUA